UGUGCCCUUGUGAGCUCACCUCUAAACCCUUAACUCCCUCAUAUAUAUGUGUUCAUGUAGUUACAUAAGUAUGUGUGUAUAUAUACACACGACUCAUCCAUGGAACUGUGAAGGGUAGGAUCCUCAGAGGACAGAAUGAAACAUUUUCUUCUUCUUCUAUUGGUGGGAGGCUUCUUGGUUCUUGUUACGGCUUCAUAUGAUGGGCCUUUAUAUGAUUUUACUGCUUAUACAGAGUGUAAAUUGAAACCAGAGAACCCACUUUACGACGGAGGGAUUCUCAAAGAUUACCCGUCUGUUGUUCAAUAUAAAAGAAGUGUGGACACAUUUUACACCCCAGCUUUUGUACUGCAUAAUCUAACUCAAGGCUCCAUUUACUGCUUCUCCACUUGGGUGAAGAUCGAGGGACGAGCAGGUUCGGCGCAUAUCAGGGGAAGCCUGAAGACAGACAACAAAACUUAUAACUGUAUUGGGACUGUUUUAGCCAAGUCUGGUUGCUGGUCUUUUCUCAAGGGUGGUUUUGUUGUUGAUUCACCAUCAACUUUGGCUUUACUCUUCUUUCAGAAUUUGAAUGAUACGGAUUUGAAUAUAGCAGUUGCCAGCAGCUCAUUGCAGCCGUUUACUGAAGAACAAUGGAAGAUCAACCAGCAGUAUAUAAUAAACACUGUAACUACUGUACAUUUUCAGGCCCGAAAGCGUGCGGUGACUAUCCAUCUAUCUGAUAGAAAUGGAGAUAGAUUACAAGGAGCAGAAAUUACAGUAGAGCAGAUUUCUAAAGAUUUUCCAUUUGGAUCUGCAAUAGCAAAAACCAUUCUGGGUAAUUUGCCUUAUCAAAACUGGUUUGUGAAGCGAUUCGAUGCAACAGUAUUCGAAAACGAACUAAAGUGGUAUGCAACAGAGCCUAAACAAGGGAAGACCAAUUACGCCAUUGCAGAUCAGAUGAUGGAAUUUGUGAGAGCUAAUGGAAUUAUUGCCAGAGGCCAUAAUAUUUUCUGGGAAGAUCCUAAAUACAACCCUUCCUGGGUUCUAAACUUGACCGGUCCCGAGCUGCAAUCAGCUGUCAACUCCAGAAUUCAAAGCUUGAUGAGCAAAUACAAAGAAGAAUUCAUUCAUUGGGAUGUCAGCAAUGAGAUGCUUCAUUUCAAUUUUUACGAACAACGACUUGGUCCGAAUGCAACCCUGCAAUUUUACCAGACAGCAAGCCAGGCUGAUCCAUUGGCAACAUUGUUCAUGAAUGAAUUCAAUGUGGUGGAGACUUGUGGGGAUGAGAAAUCAACAGUUGAUACAUAUAUUGCCAGAGUGAGAGAGCUGGAAGGAGGAGGUGUUUCGAUGAAUGGGAUAGGGUUAGAGGGUCAUUUUACAGUGCCAAAUCCUCCAUUAAUGAAAGCUAUAAUUGAUAAGUUAGCUACUUUGAAGCUUCCCAUUUGGCUGACAGAAGUGGAUAUUAGCAGUAAACUUGACAUGGAAACACAGGGUGCUUAUCUGGAGCAAGUGUUGCAAGAAGGCUUUUCACAUCCGGCAAUAGAGGGGAUAAUGCUAUGGACUGCUCUGCAUCCAAAUGGUUGCUAUCAGAUGUGUUUGACCGAUCAGAAUUUUCGAAACCUGCCGGCGGGUGAUGUGGUUGACAAGCUUCUCCAAGAAUGGCGGACUGGAGAGUUAAAAGGUGAAACAGAUGAAUAUGGUUCAUAUAACAUGUAUGGCUUCUUGGGUGAAUAUAGAUUGAGUGUUGUGUACGGUAACAGGACAGCAACUUCAACAUUCUCCCUCUGUAAAAGCAGAGAAACUAAACAUAUUCGCGUUCAAUUGUAGCUUACAAUCUACAUAUGUAUGUGUGUGUGUAUAUAUAUAUAUACACAUACAUGUAUACUGCAUGCAUGUGUGUGCAUAUAUAUAUAUAUAUAUGUUGACAUAGAUAGUAAAUCAGUUAACAAGACUGCAAUAUCUUAUCUGGUGUAAUUGAAAGUGCAAGCUAGAUUUUGCAUGAUUAGGCUUAAUUACAAUAAGCUAAUUAAUACGAAUUAAACUUAAUUAGAGGCAAUGGGUUAUUAGAAGUUUGAAGGUUCCAACUCCUCUAAUUUUUGUAUUUUAUUUUUUUUUAAAGUUAAAAAUGUAUUUAGUUUGGACA